AUGGAGAGGGAGAUAAAGGGCCUUAAAGUGGAGAUGGAGAAGCUGAGGAAUCUCCCACGCUGUUCAUCCAAAGAGAAUGAAAGCGAGCGAACUUACGCAAACACGGCUUCCUCGGCUGUGUCGACGAAGGAGAAAGAAAAUAGUAGGUCGCUAGAGCUUGAUAGGAAUGACACCCAGUGUCUUGUGCGAAAAAAGCGCGGUCAGACGCGAUCUCAGCGAGCAAAAAGAAAUCUCAGGGUACCUCAAAAAGGCACAGAGAGUCAGACGAGGGAACAAGAGUUGGCUACGCCGCACACGAAAAUCGCGCCGCUGAAAACGAAAAAUGAUCAAAAGAUCGUAGUUAACAGGCAGUCAUGCGUUUGUCCUGCUGAAUCAAACCUUCCUAAAUCGGUGGAAGGUUGUAGCCGGGAUGCACGUGAUGAAGACUCUGUAGGUAUGAUUAUACCACAAGGCCGUCUAGUUGAUCGCAGUAAAUGCAUCGUUAUAAAGGGCAUGCCUGAGUCUGUUUCCGACGCUUCAAAGGACAGAAUACAACAUGACAUAGAAAUAUUCCAGGAAUAUCUCAAAUCGAUCUUAAUAAGAGACGAAAAAGUCACAGUAUUAAAGGCUUUCAGGAUGGGCAAAAUUAAAGACUCAGAACAAGUUCCAGACCGACCGAGACCGUUAAAAAUUGUCUUUGAGAAUGACGAACAAGCACAGCUACUUUUGAGCAGGAAAGCUGCUCUUAAACACGCCCAUCCAUCAGUUUUUUUUUCAGCGGGACUUUUCACCCGCGGAGCGAGAAAAAUGGAGGGGGCUCAAAUUGGAAGUCCUCAGGCGGUCGAGUCUGGGCGAGACAAAUCUCCGAAUAGUGGACGGAAAAAUUAUACGCGUCCAGAGGCCAUUCCUCUGGAGAAAGCCCAUAACUCUAACAGCUUAGGAGUGAUGGAAAGCAGUUCAUCCCGAUCAACUCCGACCGGCUUUUGCAUUCAAUCCCAAGAAAUGGAUAAACGCCUGUAUGCCGGAGUUGCUCGUGCCAAAUUGAGAUUUUUGUAUACCAAUGCUCAAAGUCUCGUUUCGAAAAUCGACGAACUCAAAGCGAGAGUACCGGAACAAAUCCCCGACGUCGUCGCCAUAACGGAAACUUGACUUAAUGCCGAAAUCAUGGAUGCUGAGAUUUCGAUACCGGGUUACCAGCUGUUUCGUAGAGACCGUCAAAAUAGGCAGGGCGGAGGGGUAGUCAUAUAUGUAAGGGAAGGAAUUUCAGCAGUUGAAAGAGCCCACACCCUAUCCCUUGAAUAUGAAUCCGUCUGGAUAAAGAUAAAGAAGAUCAAUGCGCAAAAUCUAGAAUUUCUGGCGAUUUACAGACCACCAAAUCUUCUGAGUGCAGCUGAUGAGUCGCUCCUUGGUUUAGUCAAAGACGUAGCUAGCCACCAAGACGUACUUAUUUCUGGGGAUUUCAACGCACCUGCAAUAGAGUGGGAAACUAUGGCAGUUAAUGGUGGACCAGCCUCUUUCAGCAAUAAGCUACUGGACCUCACACUCGAUCUCCCUCUGGCGCAACAUGUGAAGGUACCAACGAGAUUUCGAGAGAACCAGAGAGCAAAUUGUCUAGACCUAGUUUUCACUAAAGACUUCUCUAAUAUCGACGAAGUGUAUUCCAAUGCACCUCUCGGGAAAAGUGACCAUACCACGCUAUUAUGGGAUUACUCGCUCUUCUCUAAACGCCAGAAGAGAACAGAGGGCCAACCUAAUAUAUGGAAGGCAGAUUUUAAUAUGAUGAAGAACGAAUUGCUGUCCGUGAAUUGGGACCAAAUAUUCAGGGGAGAUCCGAAGGACAACUGGAGAUCUUUUAAAACGAAUUCACUCGAUCUGAUUAGGCGCUGUUGUCCACCUAAAGUACAAAAAACAACUAGUCGACCUGCUUGGUUAACUAGGGACCUAAAUAAGCAGCUACGGAAGAAAAGCAAAAGAUGGAAAAUAUUCAGGGAAACUGCGUCACCAGCGCAUUUCGAAGAAUUUCGUCGUCAACGAAACGCCGUCAAAAAAUGUAUCCGUCAGGCACGGAAGGAGUAUGAAUCCAAAAUUAUACGACAGGCUGAACAGAAGCCUAAGAUUUUAUUUCACAAUCUGAACAGUAGACUGAAAAAUAAGGACCCGGUCGCGGUGCUGAAGGAUGAUAAUGGUGUAGAGAUCAUUGAGAACAACGAGAAAGCCGAACAAUUAGGACAGUAUUUUGCCUCCGUUUUUACUAGAGAAACUGAGUUUAGCUGUUGCAGUACCGGCAAUGCUCUUGAGACUGUUGGUCCCGUGCUUGACUCCAUACUCUUCCCGGCAGCUGCCGUGGAAAGGGAGCUGAAAAAUCUCAAAGAAGCAAAGUCCUCGGGUCCGGACAAUAUACCGGCCAAAUUCUUGAAGGAACUGGCGAAUGAACUUUCCAAACCACUGGCGCACAUCUUCCGCUCGUCAUUCGAAUAAGGGAGGUUGCCAUCGGAAUGGAAGACAGCAAAUAUCUUUCCGAUAUACAAGGGCGGGGCUCGCACUAAUGCUAACAAUUACCGGCCUGUUAGUCUAACCUGCAUCUGCUGUAAAAUAAUGGAGGCCAUAGUUAAGAAAACAACUAUGGAGUUCCUGGAGCAGGGCCAUUUAAUCUCAGACCUGCAGCACGGCUUUAGACAGAACCGCUCGUGUCUUUCCAGUUUAUUGCUCUCGACGGAGCAGUGGACUCGCGCACUGGAUGAGGAUGGGAGGGUUGAUGUCAUAUACACAGACUUUAAGAAGGCGUUCGACAGCGUCCCACACAAACGCCUUAUCUACAAACUUUCUGAAAUUGGGAUAAGAGGAAGGCUGCUGACAUGUAUAACGGAUUUUCUUACCGGGAGAUCGCAAACCGUGUGCGUUGAGGCCUCAAGGUCAACUCCGACUCCCGUUUUAAGUGGUGUACCCCAGGGCUCCGUCUUAGGGCCGUUGCUAUUCCUGGUUUACAUUAACGACUGCGUCGACGACCUGGGAUGCAGCGCCAUCAUGUUUGCUGACGAUGUUAAGCUGUGGAGACCCAUCAGAUCUGAUGCAGACAGGUACGCGCUUCAAGACAGUCUCAACCGCCUAAACAGUUGGUCAGCUCGCUGGCUCCUCAAUUUUAAUGUGGACAAAUGUGUGGUCCUGAGACUCCGCACCAGACAGACCAGUAAGGGGGUCGAUUCCUUUCAAUAUGUCCUUGGUGGUCAGUCCCUUUCAAAUGUUGUGGAACAGAAAGACCUGGGAGUCCUUAUGACCUCCUCGCUGAAACCAUCUUCACAGUGUCAAAGGGCAGCCAAAAGUGCGAUAAGGGUGUUAUUUGCGCUGAGGCGAGGAUUUGGGCAGAUCGACAAGGAGCUGUUCGGAAAAACCUAUGGGGCAUUCGUCCGGUCUCACUUAGAGUAUGCAGUCCAGGCCUGGCGACCGUGGUUAAAGAAAGAUUAUCAACGACUGGAAAGAGUACAGGCGAUGGCUACGAAGAUGGUCAAGAAUCUUCAUCAUUUGCCUUACGAAACCAGGCUGACUGAACUAAAUCUGUUUCCUCUAAAUUACAGGCAACUGCGCGGCGAUCUCAUUCAAACCUACAGGAUUGUCAGAAGCCGUGAGUGUGCCCUAGAUUUUGAUGACUUCUUUGAAUUGGCCCGGACUGACCGUCUGCGUGGUCAUCCGUUCAAACUGCAAAGGAAGCGGGCUCAUUCGGACGUCCGACGGAACGCCUUCUCACACAGGGUCGUCGGGGCAUGGAAUGGACUCCCUGAUGCCGUCGUUCUUUCCGAAAGUGUUAAAUCCUUUAAGUGCAGACUAGACGCUCACUUGUUGAGAACCUACUGUACAUACAAUCAUGAUUGUUUUAGGGGCGGCAGUUUGCGCCUGGCUCACAGUUACCGCUAACUUCUUAACGUUUCGCAUUUGCUGAUGUAAUUGAUGACUUUAUUUCUGUUUAUCGACAUGAAUAGGGUGCUCAAGGGCAAAAGCCUCAUUCCCUUAAUAAACUGACUUAUGACUUAUAAAGCGUGACAGGCCCUUACCUGGAGAGUUUGGGUUGAUAUCCGGCCCAAUUUUUUUGUUUUCGUAUUUGGUCCUUUUUGUUUACGAGCACAGUCUGCUGUUAUUUGUAUCACUCAGUAAAUUGCCUUUGUGACUGUCACAGUUCUCGUCAGUUACUUCUCGAUAUUUUCCCCUAAUGAAUUCUUUGACUUAUCAAUAUUUCCCUGUUUUGUUUCCAAAAAUUUCUUCAUUUUUCUGGGCAAUUUAAUCUCCAUUUGCUAUGCCUCUGAUUCCAAUCUUGGGCUAUAAUUUCAAAAACAGCUUUGUUACCAGAUCUUUUAAAUGUAUGUCUGGAAUAUCCAACGCGAAUACUUAUUUUCAAGUUUAUCUGAGAAUUUGAGAACAUUGACUGUUAAAUAGUGGUUGAGGUUGCCGAGGCACCCACAAAAAUGCGUGUUAACAGGGAGAACAAAAAUAGUUAGUCGUUGUGCAAUAAGCCUUUCACCAGGGACUAACAGUUAAUUAAUUUGCUCCUUUUUUCAUUUUGUAGCUUGUAUGCUGCAUGAUACAAUAACUAAUGCCUGGAAAACAAGUGUGGAAUUGGCUAAAUUAACGUGUGAGUCAGGUAUAUGGCUUGCAGAUAAAUAUUUGAGGCUGCGAAUCCACUUCAAACAUAAGUGCAAACUGCAUAUGCAAAUACGUAAACGAAAGAAACAGGGUUUUGACAGCACCUAUGUGCAGUAUUGAAAAUCGUUGAAUGCAUAAUCUAUGCGGUUGCUUUAGAUUAAUUACAUCGUUCCUCUUUUAAAUGCUUUCGGAUAUCACUGAUUACUUUAGUCGUGGACUAGAAAUCAAAGUGUCCCGAAAUCCUCAAGCAGUACACGACAGUCCAUGUAAGCUAGAGUAUUACUACAGUCUGGUAUUCUGUCAUCAUCAGAUGACUCUAUACCGAAAAAGUAUCACUGACUAACGCUACUUUUAUUCUGCGAUAGAAGCCAAGGCAUUCCUCAAUCACUAUGAAAUUGGUGAUUUUUCCGCACGAUGAAUUUCUUCAGCCAUGGCACUGUCUUCGUUUCGCUGGCAACCUAAGUAAUUUAGUUUCUCCUUUUCCCUCCGAUAGUAGAGGCGAAUACUGGCGCCAGUAUUUGUAGUAUAGUCUUAGCGUUUUCGCGUCAAUGCAAUUCUGGUUGAUGUAUUCGUUAUGGGGUAAGUCUCUAAGCCAAGACUCGAUCCUUCUUCCGACGUUGGGUGUCCUUUGUUGAUAGCAGAUGUCGAAGAAGUCAGCACUACUCGUUUUACCGGAACACCGAACACAUGUCCAAAGGCCCUAUAGGCUAUGAUGAAUUUUCGGUCAAAUAUGGCGCCGAGACCGCAGACAGUAUCAUUAACGACGAAAUGUUGUCCGCAAUUUAGGUUUGAUUUCAGGCUUAUCAUUGUAAGGGAAAAAACUGAAAAUCCGUGACGUUAUUUUCUCUCUAGUGUAAUGACUUGCCUAGUAUAAAUGGCCCAAGUGAGCCUUUUGUGAGCGUGCUGCAACAUCGCCCAAGGUCUCAAACAGCGUUGGCUUUCCCCUGCUAUCUGCCCCGUCAACACACUCGAGGAGACCAUUGCAUACUUGGAGGCGUUGCUUAUUUCAAACUCCGGGUCAUCGUAGGAGAGCGACGACUCAAUAGACGUUGUCGAGCUGUCAGACGAUGUGUACGACGACGAUGUGUCAGACGGUAUCAAUCACCUCACUUUUUCGCUAAUAUUUCCUAAGAUUUCAAUCUCUUCCCGUUGUACGUGUCGAAGUCCGUUGCGGCUACUUGCAGCUGUAAACAUAACGGGAGGAAAAAAAGAACAUUUAGAGAACGUGACGAGAAAGGAAUGAAAAGAUGUCGAUUAAAAUGAGCGUGCGCAGGGCAAUGUGUGGGAGCAGGAAGUGGCACCUAGGAACUGCCUGUGCCCGAUCGAGCAACAGAUGUCAUUGAUUAACAUAUGCAAGCGCACGCGGUCAAGACAGUUAAUUCCUUGCUAUACUGAUAAAUAAUUCGGAACAAAUCUGACUUAGCGUUAGACACAAUGUUUGCAGUGCAACACGUGAUUCGUUUUGCCAUGAAAAGUCAAAUUAUUUGCAUACUGUCUGCUAUCAAACCUUCAAGGAGUCUGUGUAAGCGCAUGCAUGAUGACAGAGUUGUUCAUUAUGAGAAAGUUGAAGGCAGAACGUUAACUUUGGGAAGCUAUUUUUCCCUUGUAUGUGCAUUAAAACGUGGCAAAAUCAGACAUUCGGGUUACUGCAUCUAAAACAGAUGGAUUUAUUAUGCUUUUUUGCAAAGUACUCCGUGGUCAAUUUUUGGGUUUUUGCCAGGUUUAAGAAAGAAAUCAAACAAAACUGGGAAAGGACUGCGAAAGUGGCAUUAAACUCCAACAACAUGCACACUACGCAAAAUCGUCUGCUUUCAUUUUCACGGGUGAGUUUUCAACGAGAUUGCACACCGUGUUAUCCACUCCCAAAUAUAUUUAUACAGGGAAGAAUCAAAGUGAAUUAGGGAGGUUCGUCCAUAAAUAGAAACGCGUACAGCAAUUUCCUGAUGGAGUCUGACUUCGGGCUAUUUUGAAAUCUGAGUGUUCCUCUUUAUGAUUUCAUGCUUGAUUUGCGAACUUAUCGCAAACAACUCCCUGCCCGUGGAAAUUUCUGGGGCCUAACCAAGUUUCGUUCAAUAACGUCUCAACAUUGCCAUGUCCGCCUUUUACCUGAAACGUUAUAUUCUUGUGGUUUCCGCAAUUUCUAUGAAUAGAAGUAUGGUUAGCCAUAAGUGGGUGAUUCGUUCACCUUGUCACUUUAGGAAACCACGCUUCCAAGUCAUUAGCAGAGGUACUGACGGAGCUUUACCAACGUCAAAUUGAGUUUUGGUCUGUCAGAUUCGGAUGAAUGAACGAAAUAGUAUUCUUAUGAACCUACGGGUAGUCGGCGUGAGAACGACUAGAGAGACUAACCCUGCCUUCCGAGACCCAAGUAAAUCCCAUCCGUAGCUCUUAAGUUAAUUAUUAAUAUAAUUAUAAUGGCCAGAUAAUAAAUUACCCAGAAAAUAUGGCUGCCGAUUCUGUUUUCAGUUUGCCGCCAGCUCUACAAAGAAAACUAAGAACUAUUAUCAAUGAUGUGGUGCAUUUUUCUCCUCGACCCUAUCCUUAAGGGCUUUAUAAAAUCCAGCAUUUUUGGCAGACCUUGGAAUCCGGUUACAUUUCUAUUUGGCAAUCAUGACAAAUGAUUGCAUAAAUUUAUCAGAAUACGGACGAACAAAAAUGGUCUUGCGAUGACAUUUCCGUUCAAAAUAAAAGAAGGUAAAUGUUUGACAGAGGCAGCUUUUAAUAAACAUAGCUUGCCGGCCACGUUUACGAACCUACGCAACUGCGGAUAUCAAACUUUUUCACUGCCUCAACUGGCGAAACUUCCAAUAACCCAUCGGAAACAGCAGUGCGCUUGUUUGAUCAUAUAGUAAAAGUUACUUAUACUUUUUUUUACUUUGUUCCAUUUUUCAUGACCAACCGUGCGCGAUAUCCACCAAGCUUAUCAAAAUGACAAAGUUAACGCCGGUAUUUACAUGACGUAGAACAGAAAUAUUUUUACGGUACACUGAAGGGCAUUUCGCACAUUAUGAAAUGAAAAUUUUUCACUUAUAUGACACUUAAUUUACCCGUGGAACUCACUUUUUCAUAGGUUUGCCAGCCAAAAUAUCAGCUCAGUGUCACAACCUUUUGCCCCGUCAUGGAUAUCAUGGUUUCAUCGAUUUUAUCAGUUACAUCAACUCCUUCUUUCGACUGGAUCUCAUCGUCCUACUUGCGCUUUACCUGGCUGACCUUGCAUUGCGCUAUUGCUUAGUCUUUCCUCAUUUCUUUGUUUUAUGUUUGUUGACAGUUGCAGCCUCUUAAUUUCCCCGAAAGACGAUCGAGCGUUUAUAGCAUGGCUGCAUAUUUUCCAAAGCUGCCCCAGACACUCUAUAAGGUGAACUAUAAAAACAUCCCAGAAGAGCUGAACGUCCAUAUAAUCCGUCGAGUUAUGGUUUCUUGAGUGAGGAUUCUUUUUAUGCGAGCAGUCUAUUGUGUUCAAAACCGUUCUAGAUUCAGGCUUUCAAAGACGGAAGUGAAUUAUAGUUUACUGCUGGGGUUAUAUUCCAGUAGAGUAUGUUCUAGAACAUUUCCUUAAAGAAGCACUCGCUUCUGCGCCAUUCAAGUGCAGGGAAUGUCUGUUUUCAAUGUGGGACGACUAUUACACCUGAAAUUACCUUCCCGAGCGCUUAUUUUUCUAAUUUGCGCUGUGCAAUAACAUGUCUGGCCGAGAAUGCAUACCAAUACACAUCGUUACAAAGAAAACUGAUACAUAGAGAAUGCAUUCGGUUCGCGAAUGUUAAAUUUGUUUUGAGCAUUUGUUUGAUGAUUGCAAAAGUAUCUUGCACUCCUACCUAAUCACGACUUAAUCUUGCAGACAGUCUUUAGUCUCUCAUUAAUUUACGCAUUUUUCUGACUGCACAUCUGGCCGUCAAAGAGAAAAUGAUUACAGAAAUUUAAUGACUGUUCAUUUAAAGCAUGCUUUUUAAGUUCGAGAGGUAUUCGCUAUUUAAGGCCCUCUAUUCUUUUAAUACGCCAAGAGGCCUUUUUUCUGGCACCUGAUUCAUAACGAUGGGGGACUCCCUUCGAGGUGGCCAUGUUUCUGUGGUCUUUUGCAUUUUUUGUGUUUAAAAAGUUAAAGGUGCAAUUUAUUGCUUGGUUAAAAUUAUUUUUGACAUCUUAGUGUUUAAACAAACUCGUUUGCUGUCUUGCAUUGGAGCUUAUAGCCUUUAUAUCUGAUGUCCACCGUAUUAUGUUCUUAGCCAGCCGUUUUGCCCGCCUAAUGAUAUAUUUUAUUCACAUUUGGAAAAUACCCACCCCUCAUUUUAAGCUAUUCGUUGCAUGAUUAUGUAAAAUUUUGUCAAAAGGUCAACCUCAGCAGCUGCCAAUGGCGUCAGUUUUGCCCAACUCUCCGGUCCGGUUUGGUAUACGCCCAGUGGACGCCAAUGUACCGCGAAAUACCCUGGUUAGUUGCGUUUUUUAAACCAUGAGUUUGGUUUAACCUCAUGCAUAUUUUAUAUUUUAUUUUUUCGUGCUUUUUUUCUAUUCGUUAUGCCUGUGAACCACCUUCAAACUAACGUCCCUGAAAGAAUUGUUGAAUAUGCUGCAAUAAUUUAUUAAGAUAUGAAGUUUCGUUUGCUCUCCUUUGCCUCUUGAUUUCGAUAAAUAUGGACGGUUCGUAAAACUGCUUCUGUAACUAUCCAAGCGCAUACUCUGUCCUUAUUAUAGUCGACAUGCAUUUUUUCUUUCACUGUAAAACAUAGUGCCCAAUGACCUUCCUACCUUGAUCUCGGGCAUUGAUGUACGGUCUCUCGCCUUUCGCAGUCGUAUAAGCAGGCCGUGUUGUCCUUGUUAUCCACUGCACUCUGUCGGAAUUAUAAGGAUACCUAUUAACUUCUAUUUUGCCAACUUAAGAUAUUCAAACUAGGGGAGCUGCCAAUGUUGCCUGAGCAUCCUCAGCAGGACCAUCGGGUUUUAUGUCUCACUGCACACUCGCUGAUCAUGUUUGCGUCAUUCUAGUUGCGGCUGCGCAUGGUGGUACUUAUAAUUAUGUUGAAGUAGAAAUAUGCGAUGUAUACUCCUACCUCGUUCUUCUUUCCGACAUGAUUCUCUGUAAUUUGAAAUGUUCGCACGUAUAACAUUUGUCUGAAUAUUGACGUACACAUUAGUACAGUUUUCUCUCGGUCUCUUACGCCACCGAUGUAGUAUCGAAAUGAGUACUGUUAAUUGCCAACGUUUACCUACAACUUAAAAGGCAUAUUCGUCUUUCCGCAAUUAUGAGAUUUAUUGAAAAUGCUGUCACCGAGAAUGUUGUAUGGUAUCUGUCUGUUUCUCUUGUUUUCGGUCUAAAAGGACCCGGAUUUAUACGUUCUUUUUCUACUUCUAGUAAACUAUAUAGCGCUUCAAAUGGAGCAUGACACCAGUAGUUUCUUUGCGAGCAUUUAACACGUCUAAACAGAAGCGAACAUCGCCCUAAGGCCUUUCUUAAGAAUACUUCGAGAAGGACCGUUCAAAAACAUCCACAAUUUGAAUAGUGUUCAAACCUCAUUGCUACUACCACAACUGUUAGGUUCUUCUAGAGUCUAGUAUGACUUUUCCCGCCUCGUAUGUCUGAUUGGAAUAACGGCAUUAGUCGCAGUCUUAUUUUUUGUUAUCAAGUUUAUCCCAACCGUACCUUCGCGUGAUUAAUGACCAACGCAACAUCCCGUCAGCCACAGCGUCCCACGUUUCGACACACAUACGGGGACAGUAUCCCGUAUAUCUGACAUAUCGGCUACGCCAUGUGCGAAAUCUGCAUGUUUGUUUCCGUCUGAAUACCGCUUGAGAUUUCACCUAGAUCUUUGUUGCUGAUUUGGCUAACAACUUCCAAACCGAAAACCACGUUGUUUAGCUUUUGCCUGAGUUGCCGAAUUAGUUCCAUUCUGACGACCACUUUAAAACUGCAAAAUUGGGAGAGCUGCAGUGGAAUUUGCCUUUUUACCUGCCAGCGCAUUUCAAAAUUUUGGCAUAGUGAUGGCCGCUCGAAUCUGUAGCUCAUGUCAAGACCAAUAGAACGCAUGUACGAGGCUACCGCUUAACGUCUAAAACCAACUCUUAAUGUGUGCUACUGCAGAACGAUUGUCCUUAGACCCUCUAUGCACUGCUUUAAGAAUUGAACCCGGAUUUUCCUCUCCCGCGGUCUCGUUCAGUUUUCGCCUGAUUCAACUCGGGUGUCAUGGAGAACUCUGUCUUUGGUGCACAUCGCCUUAGGGUUUGAUAUAUACUGACAGGUUUAUGUAGGCGUGCACGCCUGUAAUAUAAUGUCUGGGUCACGUACUUCCCUUGUUGACGACAGUGCGCAUCUGACUGAAGUGUCCAGCACACAACUGUACGGAAGCCUAUUUGCGCUUGUCAAGAAAUCCGCGGUAACUGCUUAGGCCUGUUCCACGUUUUAGGUCCUCGACAUCACGGACGUUCGAUCUGCGUAUUUUCGAGUAACGUUGAGCCAUUUAGCCCACAAGCCGCUUAGACCGAAGACAUCGGGCCUAAAGAUGCGCACGAAGUCAUCUCUCGCUACGCCCAUCCUUAUCCUUCGUUUUCCGACACUGUCGUCGAACAAGGCCGAGACCAAGCGAGAAAUAAAGUUGGUUGAUGUCACCCUCAGUUCGGAAUAGCGCAUGUCCGGAUUAUCCCCGUCUUCCUUAGAGACGCGAUCCAAGAGCAGAAUUCGGAGGAGAGUGUGCAGUCUCUAUAGAUCGAAAUGUUCCUCUAGUCAUACGCCUCGUGGACUUGCGGACCAUGCCUCACAUCCGUGAGACAGAUUCUGUUGACGGAGGCUAGUAUGCAUGGAACUUGGUCUGCAGUUUAGUCUUAUGAUGACUGCAGAGGUUUCGACUAAGUCCGACGGAGACUGCGCCCUCCUGAUUGGUUCAAUGGCUGAUUUCAUCACUACCCUACUGUUUAACAAAUGGUUUGGACCACUAGACAAGCGCUACUUUUUCUUCGGGUAAUUUUAGUUUCAAGUCAUCUACUGCCUUAGGAUCUGUCUGGGACACUGCACAUUCUAUUUCUGCACGAGCUCCACAACAAUGUUUCCCACACGUGUACUUCUUGCGACACGACCUACCCUAUUACUUGAAUUGUCCGCCUGUACGUGUUGGAGAAAGCAGGACUGAUAAAUGCCAAUGACACCGAUGAAGUCAUUCCUAACGCCAUCCACACAUGCUUUGUUCCGUGUUACUGAGCUUCGAUGAGGCGCAGUAUUUCUUGUGGCAUGUCAUCUGGAAGUAUGGUCGACUGCUGGGAAUCCAAGUGAAAGUCCAUGAAACAGAAGGGAGUUGGUCGUUGAGAGCGUUGAUGAUGUUGGAGGACUCGACGAAACUAGCACUGCUGCCUAAAACGUCGCGUUUCGACCGACCAAAAUGCACCCUUUUUUCUUGUUUCUUUUUUGUCAAGUCGUGUUUACUCGCGGCGGGGGUUUUGUCGUCCGAAUAUUCAGUUAAAAUAACAACUGUCUUUUGCGAAAUUCCCCGUGGAAAAUUUAUACAUUUGUGUUUGCUUUUGACCGCAUGUCCCACCAGUCGAACGAAUGCGUUUCUUCUACUUUCAAAGGUUCUUAGGUCCAUACGGAUUGUUUCAAUGGUAGAGGCCAAGUACUGUACCUCACUACUUUUGUUAACUCGUGGUACAUUCGCCAUGCGCGGCUAUCCUUUAUAGCGGAGUGCUCAUUCGGUUUUGUCUCCCCAAUUUCUUCAUAUUACUCUGUCCUUGCCGUCAUUUUCAGUAGACGCAUAUGCACAUAAUUUUCCCGUGGCAUGUUUAGAACGGGUUAAUGUACAGUAGAACUCCUGCUCCUAUCGUUCCUGCAAUAACACUAUGCAUCUCAACUUUCCUCCGCGACCAUUGCUCAUGUCAAAAUGUGCCAAAGCCAAGUACGGCCACGUUUACUGCUUGUCGCAGUCAGUUUUCGAUAAUCGAUCUUGUUAUCUUAACGCGCCGUGACUGAAUAAGAUGUAAAUCUAACUUACCAGCGAGAAAGGUAGUUGUGAUGCUGUCAAUGCACUCAUGAGAGGGUGUCUUAGAUUUAAACGCUUGAUUAUAACAUUCCUUUUAGAUGAAUCGCCCGCCAUUGGGAAAUCAGUUCUAUAUCUUGCACAACGGUGCGGUUGGCCCCAUGCCCACACCACCACCCAAUGUGAUGCAGGUCCGCAGUCUGGCUGACAGGCAAGCCGUCACUCCUCAAGCUAAUGGUCUGACAGGCAUCGCUGCGCGUAAGUUUCUUCGAUCGCACACCUUGCUGGCCUGUCGGUCAUCACGAGAAGCUUUUUAGUUUUAAAAUUAAUUCCAGAACACAAUUCGUCUUUUGUAGGUCGUAUUUUUCCAAUUUUCUCCAGUUAUCUCACGUGUGCUUUCGGAAUAGUAUUCACCUCUGUUGUUUAUUUCUUCAUCAUUAGCCAAGAGUUGAAUUGCACCGAUCACAUCUCACUUUUGUCAAGCAUCUAAUUGGCUGUGAAAUCCAGGUGGUAACUUAAAAGUAGCAGACCCGGUGUCUCGGACCCCACUCGAAACCUAGCGAAAGGAAGAUAAAAGAACUGAAGUAUUCAAGGGAGGGGUUGAUACGCAGCCGCAUGCUUGUUACUUUCCGGGAUGCGCUUACGUCACCGAUUGCCAAGACCUUAAUUGUGGGUAUUUUUGAUUUGGACAUUUAUUAUUCAACCAAGUCCUUAACAUUAAGGUAGUAAGGAUUCUGUUUCGGCUAUCAGCCUAUGUAUUCUUAGGGACGUCAACCGCAUUUCUGAACUCACCAUACCUUUAUGCGUUGAUAAACACUGGCCUCCACGGUCACUGAGUUCAGCCUUUUCAAGACUGCGACUUUUUAAGUUCCUGAGAAAUUAAUUGCCAACUUGGAGUAAAUCAACCUCUUUGAGACCCGUAGACUCGGACUAUAAUUCGAUGUGAAUAUUUGGGCCAAAGUCCAUUAGCCACAGCAGAAUGACCGCGUAAUAUUCAUAAACUGCCAGUAAUAUACAUAUGGGUUCUGUGAUGUAACAGUUCGACCGUCGUCGCCGAUGAUGUCCGCCGUGUGCUCCACAGCUAGACGAGUGCAGGCACGACGACUCGCGCAUGAGUUAGUUUAUAGCGAGUGUAUACUUGCGCAGCAUUUACCGCACUCUCUCCUCCUCCUCCUGGGCCUGGUAUCAAGACAUUGUCAAGAAGACAGGAGGUGGGAGAGGGUGUAGGUAUCUGGCAUGACUAGAGUCGCCCCUAGGAGUGCCGCCAAACCCGGCUCGGAUCACUCUAGACGGAAGUGCCAAAAGGGCUGCAUUAAGAAAGAUUCAUUGCAGCCUGACUUCUGCACCACCAGUCGGCCGCUCCACGCGAACACACACUGGGCCAACUGCUAGGUUCAAGUUAUCCCGUCAGUUGGCAAUCCUCCAAGUCACGGCUUUUAGCUCACCAUGAUAGCUUCAAGCGCGUCAGAUUGUUUAUAGUGAGGAAAAUGCGCUGAGUCGUCGAGCUCACUUUCCGUUUUCAUUCCCCGGCCCCAAACACUGUCCGAGCUGGUCAGCCGCCUAGUGCGGGAAAUGAGCACAAUGACUGAUGUAUCUUGUGACCUUGUCUGCGCGCGCCACAUGCAUGACCUGGUUCCCCAAACACAAGCACCAGGAGUUCACGAAACGGGGACUGAGCGGCGUACAUCUCAUAUGCGUAAGAGUGCCGUAGGUCACGUUUAGAAGGAGCUGCUUCGGCCUGACUGUUAGCCCGCCAGUCCGCCACCCCACACAAACACACAUAACUUGGCAGACUGCGUGGACUGAGUUAGAGCGUCAGUCGCCAGCCUUUCGAGCCAGUCGGACUCGGAUCACACAUGCAGCAGAGGAGCCGCAUGGAGAAGGAGCCGAGAAGCACACUUCCCACUUUCGUAGGUGGCAAUUGGGUGCUCACGAUGGAUGAUUUUGAUGCGUUGUGCUGUGGUUUGGCCGGUGGUUGGUGCAUGUUGGUACUCCAGGCACCGGUUCGCCCGUCUCUGCACGAUAGAUUCGCAAGUGACCGACCAGGCCGAUGGGUAAGGUGAAUGUACGGGGACAGUAUGGACAGGAAAAGUCGGUGGUGUUAUUGUCUGCUUCGGUGAUGGUGGCAAUGAUGGAGUUGCGGGUUGUGAGUGCCCUAGGCGACGGCGUGUUGGUUGGGCCGGGUAUGGUGGAUGUACAGGAUUUGCUAGGCGUUUUAAGGCGAAUUCUACUCUCGUGGAUGCGAAUGUGACCUAGGAGGCCCAUGCGAUUAGUGGAUUUGCGGGGGCAGGUGGGGCGGGUUGGACGAGUGUAUGCGGCUGCUCGAGGCACUGGUUCGCCAGUCUCAGUGGGGUGAAUUCGGAAGCGACCGACCCUGCCGACGUGUGAGGCGAAGGUGCGGUCACAAUGGGGACAGGUGUUAAACGAGUCCACAUCGAUGGCCUCGGGGGGGAUGAGGUUGGUGGAAGGCCUUCUUCAGAUCCACGAAGGCAGAGCAAAGGUGGAUCCACAUCUGGCAUUUCUCCUGCAGUUGGUGGACCGCGGAAGCCGCACUGGCUUUCCGGCAAGAGGCCCUGUUCCAAACGGUUGUUGAGACGGUUGAGAAGGGUGCGAGCGGAGAUCUUUUCGGCGAUAUUCAGCAGGGAGGUGCCUCGGUGGUUGUCGCGGAUUUGGCGGUCCCCUUUCUGCUUUUAGAGGAGAACGACUGUGGCGUCCUUGAAAUCCUGACGACCUGCUCCUUGUUGCCACAUCUGGAAGACCGCCGUCAGAUGAUUCAUGAGUAGGGAGCCACCGUGCUUGUAGAUCUCAGCGGGGAUCGCGUCUGUUCCGGACGUUUUACUGCUAGAGAGUUGCUGCACGGCCUUGAUGGCUUCGUGUCGAGAGUGCGGUGGUCGGGGUUGGUGUGGGUCUCUACUUGAAGUAGACGGGCGAUGUCGGCGUCGGAGAUGGUGGAGGAAUGGUUGAGGACGCCUUCAGAGUGUUCGGCCCAUCGCUGCAGGGUUUACGUUUUCUCAGUGAGUAGGGUGGUUGUACGAUAUACCACACAUGGCAGCACAGGUGAUAGCUAAAAGCCCAGACACGUGUUUCGCCGAUAUUCUGCCGCCGCAUGGCACAGCUUCGAGGGGUUCGACCCAUUAGUGGGUUAUCCAGCUUCUCCUGUGGGCUUUCUGAUAGGUACUCCAGUUUCAAAAUUGCAGCUUUUAAAUUUUUUUGGAAAUUCUAAGUUGGGCAAAUUAGCUGUACCGUGCAGCAGCAGAAUAUCGGCGAAAUACGUAUCUAGGUUUUUUAGCUAGCCCCUUGGCUGCCACGUAUGGUAUAUCGUUCAACCCCCUCUAAAGUACUGAAAGCGAAAUGUUUUCAUGUCGUUUCUGAACACUGGGAAGGUUUUGCAGAAUUCUCAAUAAUCAGUCAACUUGGCCUGUGCAGGGCCACCUGCGGCUGACCUCCUCACAUCCUACGGAAACUUUUCUUCUGGCUUAUCACUGGCACUGUCUCUGGUGACACUGCAGUACCUGAUAGGGUAUUGCCACAUGCCAUCUCGUCCUGAAAAUACUCUGUUUUUUUCCGCCAACCACUACUGUUAAUUUUCUGUUUGCCAACGUCAGCUGAACCAUAAUGUCUGUUAAGGAAGCAAAGACAUUUCGCACGAGGACAGACCAAUUUCCAACAAAACUAGACUUUGAUAUUUCAAGAUGAGUCUGUGACGCAGUCUGGCAAAUUGCGCUCGCCCUAUCUUUUUGAAACGGCAGAAAUAUUUUGCAUAUUCGUACAGAAGUCUUGCUGUGGGCGGUUCCAGUUGCCAAUGAUUGACAUUUCCUUGUGCAGGCCCUUUUUCGGUGGUACAGUCGCCGUUGAGGUCUAGUACACCGACUUCGGGUGCCUCGCAACUUGCCGUGUUCAUGAACCAACUCAUUGAGCUGUCAAGAAAGAGUGCGCCCGUUGGUACGCAGAGCGCCAUUGUGAACUUGAUCCAGAAGUUAGUGGUAAGUUUUACAUCUUUAUGGUCCUGAUUAUAAUAUGGUCAAUUAAAUACUUUGAAGCAGUUUGUACGUUUCAUUUGUAUGCAGACCUUUGGGUCUCUGUUUCAUUUGUUUGCGUAGGUGUAGUAGUUUCUUAUGUUAACUCAAACAACUAACCUGCCCUAUGUCCUAUGAUAGUGUACACACAAUCGCGGUUUAAAACAGGAUCGUACACUAAGUUGUUUUCAAAUGAAUCUGACCUAAAGGUGACUUAAUCUUGUAGGCACCAGCACCCGUUCUUCAGUGAGUGGAGUUUUAAACAUUCACUCCUCUAAUCCCUCUUGCUGACGAAAUUUGAUUCCCGAAACUUCCUGUUGCUAGCAUUGCCCCCACAGGUUUCCUUAGCAAAGAUUUACAGAUGAAGGCCGGCUGGGUAAUCUCUUGGGAGGCAUACAAUAUGCUGGCUGAGUACUUUUUCUAGGGUGAAGCCCUGAAAAUUUGCCAUCCGUAACUGGUUUUGCCGCCUCUUCGGGUGUCCUGGGUUUAAUUCGACUACUAGGUAAAAUAAUUUUGUCGGGUUUCUGCACGACAUUGAAUAUAAAAUAGUACAUGAAGUUCUAUCACGCUAGUCGACUUAGAACUAGGUGCAUAUAAACGAUAAGGUAGUACUCUAUGUCCACUGUACUUAAAACCAAGUAAAACAAGCAUGCAUUUUCCCGGCCCCCUAAAAUACGAAUCGUUCCUAAAGGUACAUUACUAAAUUUAUGGUCUAAAUCUUGACGGUGGCCAGUAAUAGUCCCAUCAACAGUGAAUUUAUAGAUUUAAUUAUCUUAAUGUUUAAGGUAUAUAAGACCCGUGGAUUCUGCCGAUAUUCAUGAGUACGUUUCGUCCUCAGCGCUUCCUGACAUUGCCGCAGACCGGCCAGACCUACUCUUUGUAAAGUCAACUUCCGUUGCUAGCUAGUACAAACCGCAUCAGUGGAGUUAUCUGUCCCUACAAAAGCACCUAAAGUUAAUCCACAUCCUAGAGGACUGUAAAACUAGAUCAGUUAGCUUUUUUAAACUAGUAAGAACCAUCUCUGUCUCGUGGGUACUGUGAUGACUUUCUUGCAAAGUCUGUUGUGGUAAGGGAGGCUUUCGAGGCACCCACCCCACUAUUUCAUCACACGCUUGUUGUUUUACGUGGCAAUACAAAGUCAAGACGACUGGGGACGAGUGUGAACGUGAUACCGAACUAGGUUGAAACCACAUCUACACAUGCUGCACACCGGUUGCUCCCCACACGCAUGCGAACUAAAACACAGAUGAGGUCUUGGAUAAAUUAAUGAGGACGGUUUCCUGUAAGGCUGAAGAGGAGAGAGCCAUUGUGGCCUUGCCGCCGACACGGAAGAGGACCGGAUUAUUCUAUCAGUUGACAGCCUCCCAGGCCACAACUUCUAGUUCUUGGCAGCUUAAAGUGAGAAAACGAGGCACUGAAUCCGGAACCAAUGGACCUUUACUCUCUUUCCCUUCCCUUUCAUAUUCUGUGCCACUCUCAAGUCUCAGUCAGGCUGGCGUGGCAGGAAGUCUUGGUGUAACACGUGCUACAUGCAAACAUCUACCCAUACUGCCCGUUCCCCGCCAUUAUCCACCUCGGUGAACUUCAUCGCGUAAUUGUUGAAUGUGGAACAGAUGCUUUUUUUACCGAAUGUAGUCGUCUAUGUACGUACGGCCGCGUAGACACAUGAGAUGCGUUUAUGGGUGGGGAUAGUAUGGACAAGUGACGAUGGUAGUUUGCCCUUUGCUGUCUACGAUAUCAUACUUAUCAGAUUCUGUUACUUUUGGGGAUACACGUAGGACUUUUGUAGUGGGUGUUUCUGGCUCUGUCUGACUGUGACUUAUUGGCAUUGUUGGGCAAGAAGUCGUCGUCAAUACAUGAUCUUAGUACUUAUGUUGUAAAACGAACAAAAUAGUCUCAGGGGCGUCGUAAUCUAGCGAUAACACAUCUUACUUUGUCCAUUAAUUGAAUAUAUGCAAUGCUGUGCAGGUGACUGAAAUCAUCCUUUUAUACCAGAAUUAGAGGUUUUUCCCAUUUCUGCAAUUUCGAGCAGCCUGAUGCCAUUUCAUAUUUCUCUAUGGGUUGCUUGACAGCGUUAUCAUUGCAGCUCUUGGCUGUAUCCUUUUGGAAAUUGUAGCCUUUCAUGUAAACGGGAACGACCUAUGGUUUACUGCACUACGAAGGCUAAAUCAAUGUCUGAAGAGGCGGUCGCUGGAAUGUGCUUUUUUAUACAUAUUUUUUGGAACAAAAUAAGCAUCCCGGCAAUUGCUAAGUUUGGAUCGUAUUUUCCGCAUUGUCGGAUCAGACAGCACUAAGUAACCGAAUCCGAACUGUUGUUGCUGUUUUGUUCGCAUAUGCACGAACCUACAGUAUUUCAAUAAAGGGUCAGCUGUGCAUUUUGUGUGAGCCCUUCCUGAGGAUACUACAUUUGCCGUUUAGACUAACGUUUGUAACGGCACAAUGACGACAGUUUAGGCGGUUUCUGUGGUAAACGUAAAUCUGUUUUGAAUUAGUUCAAUGGUAAGACGUCCAACGGAAGACCAUGCUUUACACAGAGGUUUGUAUUUAAGUUAUUUGCUGGUAAACUCGCGAAAUUCGAAAUUGUAUCACUAAUGGCCUCCGAAAGAGGACUCUGCCGAAUACUAUGAGAAAUCUAGAUGCUUUGUCACUACUGUCUUUUUUAGUGCGUUAUAAUUUGCGUUGGUCGUAGUAUGAUUGACUUUGCUUGCCAGUUAAACCGUGUGUUGAAGAUGUCUGGAUUUUGUCCUGCCCUUCGGGUGCUUCCUGUUGGCCAGGCGGCGAAAUAGAUAUGCCACCUCGUCCACCGUGCCUUUGAGCACCGAUAGGUGACUUGGCCGUUCAGCUGGGAAGACCAUUAUCGUCUUCCCAUUGGCUAGAACGCCAACCCGACAUUAUAUCUAAAACCAACGCACCUAUCGUGCGUUAUUUCUACGAACCUCUUUCCUAAGUGCCUGGUCACUUCCAGUUCAUGUGAGUUAUUUACCCCCUCAUCCGUUCUGCGGCGUGUUUGCGGAUAAUAAAAAUGAAGUGGAAAUGUCGACAUACAACUAGUGUUUCUCAGCCCUCAAUCACAAAAAGCUAUCAUUACGCAGCAGUAAACUUAUUCGGGUGGUCUCCCAGUUAAUUUACCACCGUCCAACAGGAUUAGCCGCUUUUUCGAGCUAACUGUUUAAGAGCAAAACCAGACGACGCGUUCCACCUCAAAUCUACUUCGCGUAUUUGGGCUGAUGAUUGCUCUACAUCAAAAACCAAGGAGACGAGAUUGAAAGGAUACUUCGAAUUCUAGGCGAGGAGACUGCUGAUUGAAAAUUCAGUUGUGGUCUGCAUACGCCUGUAGCUGCUGUGGCAGCACACCGGCGUAAGUGAGCACGCCAACGGGACGCCGGUGAUGGCUGUGGUUCAAAAUUCAACCGGACAACCUGUUAGGAAAGGCGGUUUGUACGACAGCAGACCCGGAAAAGACAGAUGAAACUAGAAAAGUCGUUUUGGCGUAUAUUCAUAAAUUGUUCCCAACUCGCUCUACUCGCCCAAACGAGAAGCUAACUACGUGAAUCUAAAAAAGUUCUAAUAAUUUCAUUUAGGUACACACUAGUAGUUGUUGUCUAGAUGAAAGCUGCAAGACAACAGCUCGAACCAUUACGUCUCCAGUCGUCGCAAGCUGGUUUCCGAAGUUUACAGUCAAGGGCAGGAGAAUAGGUAUUGUCCGACAGAUGUCAGGAGAUAUCCCAACAAGGGACACAAAAGAUAAAGGGCCCAGAUAAUGAGGAACGCCAUAGCUUACGAUUCUCCGUUCUACUUGGACAAUCAGACCAACAACCUAAUCCUUAUAAUGCGUCUACAAUGUUGACUGCUUGAUCAGAGUCCGCCGUAUCUUGAUAAAUUCCCCAGGUCCACGCGAGGUAACACUGCUCGAUGCAGGCAUUUUUUGGUUCCAUGCGUGGUUCUCUGUGGUUCGAGGUCUCACAGAGUGACGGAAUUGAAGAGGCAUGCAUAUUUUGUUUAUUUUGGCCUUCCGACGUUCCCUUUGUUUCCAUAAUGUCCACCGUGUUUUUGGCAGUCGGUUAUUGUGAUGUCAGCUCUGGGAGCGUCACAACAAAUCUUGUUUCUGCCAAUUUCCCCACUAACUCUGUUUAGUGUAAACUUACCUCUUCAUAAGGGGCUGCCGGCUAAACCUUGGUUACAGUUUUUAGGGAACUAUCCGUCAGUCACGACUAAGCAUUUGUCCGUAUUGCGAUUGCGUGUACAGAUUGGCUGGAAAUGACUCUUUCUCUUGGCAACGUUUUAGGACAGUGAAAUUGACUGCGACACCUUUUGCACUCAGCUCAGUGCGAGUCUGAACCGUGAUGCGGAACCCAUGAACAUUGGUCCUUUUAUCAAGGAUAACAUCGCACUCCUGCGUCGGGAACUGUACAGUGGUGUGUGUACAUUACCAAACAUCCGGCCUCCCUCUUUGGAUGUGGAGGCCUCCCAGUCGCAACAGCACCCGUCGCCGAUACCGCAGCCCAUUAUUGCCGGUGUAUCUACAGUGUCGAGCUUGCCAAAUUCCGUUAGUACACCUGUGAUGAUCUCGCACGCUUCACUGCCGGUUCGGCAAAGCUUUACUAACGUUUCUACUAUAGAGUCCGCCCCGUCCACUAUUCUUCCUCGGCAGGCCCUAACUACCUUUACCUCUCCCCAACAGCAGCAACAGCGCCUGCCUACACCCGCCAUGCCAAUUUCUGUAACGCCUCAGGUCAACCCAAGUACUGCCACGUCGGUGGUUCUUCAGCCAAACGCACCAACUACCUCCACGACGUAUUCGACCGCAGCAAUCUGUGUCAGCCGGGCAGGCGAAACCCCGAUUUUUACAUCCUCUGCAUCAACCCUCCCUACCACUGCUGUUGGCCAGCCUUUAAUUCACACAUCAAAUAUCUUUCAUCCUGUAAUCAGACCAAUUCUCCCGUCCAGUUAUUCCACACGAACGCCUCCAUCCAUAGCUCCUUAUCGACCUCAACUGAGGCCGAUUGCCCCAACUGUGAUUGUUCCGAAUGCCCCCUUUCCCGUUGUUCCUAGUCCACAUGCCACGUCCACUGUCGUUGCUACAACAACACCCAUGGUGCAGGCAAUUCGGAUGCGGCCGGUCUCCAUAACCUCUACCGCCUCAACUCAACAACCGGCCUUUGCCAGAGCAACUGUCUUUGGUGGUGUUACUCGACCUAGCCUCAUUCCUCAGUCCUCGUCAUCCACCACUCCCACCCCAUCCACCGUGGCCGCGGCAGCACUGCAGUCCCCUCUCAACCAACCCUUUUUUCCCGUAUCUCAGCUCAAAUCGCAUCUAGCCCAGCGCCUGAGCAACUCACAGGUUACGAUUACUGACGAGGCCUACACCUGUAUAGCUCAUGGACUAGAAAAUUUUCUGCGCUCAAUCCUUACCCGACUUUCUAUUGUCAUGGGCCACAAAGCCCUUCGCCUCUCCAACGACCCACAUCUCACGCAGACUGACUUUGCGCGGGAUCAGAUGGCCUUCCUUGUAAAACUUGACGAACACGACAAAAACCGAAAAAACGAACUUGAAAGGGAGAUGAUAUUUAAGGCGGCAAAAGUGAGUAAUUGCUUAAUAAAGUCUCUUGUUUUCUUUUUGUUUGAUACAGCCUUUUUUGCGCAUGCAGGCUGCUUUGAAUAUUGGUGGCAUGCGUAAUGUGUAGUGGGUGAUGUCGCACGAACCGCAAACUGAAACUGAAGCAAUGUCUCGGUUAGGAAGGAUUACUCAGGUUCGGUCGUAGUGUUAAUUAUCAUGCAGCAUAACCUAAACAUAUUUCACUCAGGCAAGGUUGCGUGCCCUUCUGACCUGUAAAAAUCAUGCUACAGAUUGACCACUUAUGUUGUAUACAAUUCUUCCAUUGACAUUCUGUUCCCUCCUAAAUUCAAAAAUACGUUUUAAAAAGCAUAUACGUAAAGUCACUCCUUAUGCACAUUUUAUGGUAAAUGACCUCUCAUUAAAACCAUCUACUAGAAAAGCUGAAUUUUGCGGUCAUGAGAUUUUUUAAGACCACUGUCCACUCAUUAGUGCAGCUUAUGAAGCUUGCUAUGUGGCUCAUCCUCAUUACAAAAUUUUCCGAGUCCUCUUUGUACCUUCCUAAUGGCAUAGAAGAAUGUUUGUUUUCAAAUGGCAGGUGUGGUUCCAAACCACGAGUAUUGAAAUACUUCUUGGAAACCGGAAGAUACCCUCUCUUUAAGAAAAAAAUAAUUUAAGACAUGAUUUGCUACAAAAAUAGUACAAGGCUAUUUUAUGCUUUCUAUAAAAUAUGUUUGGAUUUGCGAGUGCAUCGAAAGGUAAUGGCAGAGGAUCACAUUGGUCCAGUUAUAAUUUUGUAACGAGUGUACUUUUGCAGACUACUGGAAAGGCACGCAUUAAAAUGCCUGCAUCCUGAUAUGACCGGAAUAUCUGCAGCAUGGUAGUCAGGGCUGCAACCCCACUUACGUAGUCCUUUUUGACUGUUUGUAUUUCAGAACUCCAAUUAAUAUUUACUGAGAUACUCCACGCAUGGCAUAUAUUCUUAACAUUUCCACCCUUGGAAGUGAAUGACCUGCUUUCAUUUUCGGGAUUUGCGUUUAGUGAAUAUGACAGUAUGAGCUAAAACGUUACGGUUUACUAGUCUGGUUUGAAAUACUGCGCGAGCGCGACGAUCAGACGGAUCUCAAGUACCGGUCAGCAAGACCAUGGAAGACUUAUUUGAGAAGGGUGCAAAGUCCUUCAGAUCUUUUCACUUGCAUUGUUCAGCGUAGAGCAAGCAUUCCAUUUUAACGGCCCAUGCUACUUUUCGCUUCUCGAAACAUUUUAAUGCCGUACGAUCUAACUCAGUUUUCAAACUAGACGACUGAGUUACGGCUGCCCGCGCAAAAUGUUAAGCCCGAAAAACUGCUUGCACUGCCAGCGUCUUCAGCUGUGGCCUUCGAUAUUGUCCGCAGCAAUGAGGCCUAUCAUAAAACUUGUUUUCACAAAGAUUACUAAGCAUAUUGGUGUGUUACUUUACUGAUCCCCUGAUUGGACAAUGCGGUUCACCUAAGUCGUACGUCUAGAAGACUGUAAAACCUCGUCAAUACUACGUGGCACUAAGUUCUCUUGCUUCGCCUUCUACACACUGGCGGGAGUGAGUAUGGUAAACCGAAAAGAUAGAUGGCAACUGCACGUAUAAGAACUUUGGACGGUAGAUGAAUUCAAGGAUGAAGGGUUGGACACCCAUUUGCAGCUUCGUUGGAUGCCCUUAAAGCAGAGUCAGAAAGUACGAUAGAUAUUUCGGUCGUCAAGAUCCAUCGGCCCAAAAUCCGUCUGCACUUUCAAGAAUGCAUGAACAAAAAACAUUGCCGUUUUCAUCUUUGACAGAGGCUGUGUUGAAUAAGUACUUCAGUGCUAUGCUCACUAGAGCAUGCCGUUUUCAUCUUUGGUGGAGUUUUUUUCGACUGGCCAUUUUCAGUGUUGUGCACCCUAGAGCAACCAAAUGGUUUUGUAUGGGACACAACUGCUGGCCUCCCUGAUUUCUGUGCAGUACUCGACUCAUUUGAUCGGAACACUCUUUAGAGACCGGGGAAUUUCGACAGGGUGCUUGUGCAACGCCCAAACCCUCAAGAACAGAAACGUAUCCCACAUUCUGGUCUUCUGGCUUGUCUCACGCUAAUUCCGGAUUCACCGUUGAGGCCGGAGGGCUGCUUAUGUUUCAUGACCUGGCAGUCUACUUUUUAAGCAUCUUGCCCAUUUAGCUGGAAGCUCAGCUCAUGGUAGCAACUGUCCAAUAGUUCAAGAACAUCAUGUUUUACUGUGUUAGGGUAGACGGCUCCAGUCCCGAAAUGAUCGUCGUUUUCAAGUUUCUUCCAGAUCCAAUUCGGCAGCCUUUGCAAAGUCGUAGGAGCAGUCCAGACCUGUAUAUGCAGGCGGCCACCCACCACCACUCCGGGAUGGCCCGCCAACGCGUGCUAAAAAGCCUGGUGUUGGUGGAUACCAUCACCUUGACAUAAGCCGGAUUUGAUAUCAAAAAGUCAACCUUCAUCACUCACGUGGUGUUUGAUCUUAGUUCAGUGAUACCAGAUUUGAAUCGUUCGAAACAGUUUCGGCGGUAGGCCAUCAUACAACGUGUUCGACCACAAGAAGUCCCGGUGUACAGGGUCAACUGGUGCAACGCCUCUCACGGAGCAGACUUGGGUGAGUUGCUGAUAACAGUUGCGGAGCGGGAUGUUCUCGCCUAAGCACUUCCGCCUCGGUCGAAGUCUACGAUGAUUUUUUUUGUCAGCGCUUGCGGCAGAAGCGGAGGCGAUUUAGAACGACUGCGAAGGCUUAGGCUAUCCACAGAGUCUUAUGUAGCGGUAAUUCUUACACAAUGCAUUCUCCUCCCGGGAAUCGGCUCAAUAACAACUGUGUCGAACGGUACUCGUAGGUUUCUGAUGGAAGGCAGUCUCCCAGGUUCUGUUUUGUUAUCGUACGUGGAAUUUAUCCGGCAAAUGGUAAACUGCAAGUACAAUUUCAUUUGGGCACCGACGUUAUCAUCCCACUGGGUCAUAACCCAAAGGACGGCGUCAGUCGGAUUCAGGAGCUGGGUAAUACAUACCUCCGACCCGAUAUUGUGUCUGACCCUGUUGAUACCAGCGGGCCCAAGCCGUCUAUGGAUAUGCAAAUUCCUCAUGAAAUUGAAUGCCGUCACGACCAAAGUAUUGCACAAUGGCCUUAAACUGCAAGAAGCGUGUCCUUUCGCACAGUUUGUGACCAAUUGAAGUCGAUCCACUUUUUGUUUGCCGCCGUCUUAUCAAUUUUCUAGUGACAAGGGAGGACUAAAUGUGAUGUAGAAUGUACGCGCGCCAUGUUAUGUUGUAUCUGCUUGUGCCCGUGUUCAUGCCGCUACUUUCGGUUAAAUAAAGGUAUUGGAAUGCGUUAAGCACUGUUGCGCGAUUGCCAAGUUUCCCUGCAUUGCUGUCGGGGGUAGAUUGAGGUAUCGGACAAUUUAUACCUCCAGACAAUAUUGCGGCUUCGGCUAAAGGACCGUCUGUAGAAAGGGAAAAUUUAUAGCCAGUAGACUUUUUUAAAGAUGCAGUGCAAGGUCGCUGCCUGAACUAGCCCAGUCACACGAUCCGUCAACCGGAGGGGGGCCGAUGCGCGACAUGACAUCUCUGACCCCUGUCCAAAUUGGUGCCGUCGCUUUACUGGUGCUCAACUUGCAAAUGAAUAUGGAUGGUUGAGGCGUAUUAGUGGGCAUUAAUGGUGAGUGAACCUGCCCGCAUUUGAGGCCGAAAAAUCGAUCGGGAAAUGAUUGCUAGGCCUCACCAUCUUAUUAUGUCCAACUUUGGAACGAACUGAACUAGCACUAGCCAUAGUGGUUAGAAGGCAUAGCAAAUACUGGGUGGUGAACCUCGACCCCCCACAACUUAUGACUUAGUGGCUGACGUCGCCGACUUCUUCGAUUAUGAAAUUAAACUUUGGAGUUAAAUGCAAAUGCGCAUAUUGCUUUUCGAAAUUGAAAAAAUACUCGCAUAAACUCCCGAAUUGAAUAACCAGGAGUUCUUUUGACACACGACUUUUCCGCCCUCGUGAUUUUAACCAUCUUAGGCAUUCUCAACGGCACAUGGAACGUACCUUUUAGGCAGUAAUAACUUUCUGAUUAUUGUUUGUGCGUCCAUCGCAUUGUUAUCACUAUCUCCCAGACAACGAUCUCAGUCUUUUUGGUCCUGUUAUCAAGUCCGCUUUGGGUGUUUGGCUUUAGGGAUGUUUAUUUCUCAAAAUGUCUACAUGUCCUCUACACAUAAAGAAUCCAGAGUUGGAUACACCGCUCAUCCUCGUUUCCUAGAAUUAUCAGAAUUGCGUGCAGGAUUAUCCUUUUUCUCGCAGCUGAUAUUUUUAGAAAAUAGGCCACGUACUUUACCUUCGCCCUUUCGGUUAGGACAGUUCGAUCGUCACAAACGGCGUAUUCCCCAGUGUCUCUAGGGCGCAGAGGUGAAUUGCUCGCGGAUAGGUGGUUGGCGAAGCAGACCUGUGUCGGAUUUACCUCGCCCGUCAUUGCCACACCCACCCCGUUCCAAUGACAAGAUAAAGUGAAAGCAACCGAAGAUUGGCGGGGACGCAAUGAUUGAUAAAACUGAACAGCCCGUCUACAACUGCUACACUACACUUUACACGUACUAGGCUUUCUUCAGAAUGUCCCAGGUCUCGAGUGAAUGAGUGCCCUAGCGGGCACAUUAAGCAGGAACCAUCGUAACCCGACCCUCAGUCCUGAGAAGGAUCGGGUUACCCCAUAAGUUGACAACCUCCACAUGCCGUGCCUGUUAGCCCGCGGUCAUCGCUUCAAAGUACGUUUGAUUGUUUAUGGUAAAAAUAGACUGAGGAUUGAAUCCGCGCUAAAUCGAUCUAAUAUUGGAUCGCGUCCUGAAAUGGUGAUCAGACAUGUGAGUGGGUCUGGCUAAGUGGCUGAGGGGGACGGCUCGUUGGCUCUUCCUUGCGAUCAGAUCAGCGCCAGUUCAGUAAUUUAAUCCAAGUGCUUGCACGUCUGUUUUUCUGCAACCUCUGAUUACUAGCACACCGACUUUGGGUCCUCAGUGUAGGCAGUCUCCAUCAGAUGCUUUAUACCCGAAGUUCACUGUACUUUUAAUAAGAGUUCAGGAACUUUGGUGACUGUUAGAUUCUGCCCCCUCAGAAACUUUUGUCUUGUUCAAGAGAACGUUUUAGGUGUUGAAGAAUAUGCAGUGCUUGAAAAUCGCGGGAUUGCUGCAACUUUUGGCUGUAUGUCCUGGUUGACGAGGUCUCUAGUCAGUGCUUAGUUGUGACUUCUACAUGUAGCUGGCAAAAAUAUGAUACCGUUCUAAUGUCGCAACAAGAAUUUAUAUUCGUUUCGCAUUAUUUCUGACUACUCGCCUUCUUUCUUGCAUCGGCCUUAACAACCAGCUCGGCGUGGCCAUCGCCCUUUAUUGGCCCACGACAGUUUGUCCACCGAAAGCAAUAAGAAACCCUCCUGUAUUGAGAUCGCAGUGGUGACCUGCGUGUAAAUUGGUAUGUACUGGCGCAGACUUGUGAGGCAUCCACCUCCCUCUCCCUUCCCACAUCCGUCAUGUUCCAAUGGCAAGAAGUUAAUACGGUCGGAUACGAGCUUGGGCGCAGCGACUAAUUUCGCUAAUUCAAUUUCUCCGAACUGUCAAAGGGUUUUGAAGUUGUGCGGCCAAAUCGGCUGUUCAUACGUCCACACGCGAACCACGCGGCGUAUUUCUCCCUCCUCUCGGGACUGGAAAUACGCGAAAACUUGCCCAUCCCACUCAUUCAAUCUGCUGUGGCUGCCAGCACUCAUCCACGGCGAAACUACAUGUAGCAUUAAUGCACGUCCGAAGGUCUAUCCCACCAAAGUGACCCCACUCUCCGAUUGUCCAGAAGACCCACCCCUUAAAUGAGCAAUUGGCUGAUCGAUUACAACGGUUGGUAGCUGUGGUCGCAACCUACUCGCUCCGUACAAGAUAAACAUCAUCGUCUCCCACCAAGCUUGCUUCUCGGAGCAAUGGCAAUUCACUAAAACGAGUACGGGAUUCGUCCUCUUUUCGGACAUUCGCCGCAGGAAAGCACAACACGACGCAAAAACUCCUCUCACCACGAACUACACUGUCAGCAAGUUGUCUGUUCACAACUGAAUCAUCGACCGCCGCCACAGCGAGUAUCCCAGUCAAUGAGAAGUAUGACGUCGCCAGCGCCUACUCUUCCAGUGGCAAGUGGGUACAGUAUAAAAGACAACUUGUACGAAAAUCUGUGCUGCCUCUUGAUUAUGUUCUUGGCAAAUAAAAUUCACCUGAGGUCUAUGUCUUUGUCAUGGAAGGAUUUCUCGGUCGUCAUGGUGUCGACAACAGAAACAGCAACGAGUUUGUUCUGUGGAAGAACCGAGUGAAUCGCAACACUGUUGUUCGCUUCCUUAAUCGCAAGACGACAACUAGGAUGCAUUUUCUGGGCUCCAUGCCUGAUAUGUGAAAAGGCCACAGAGAUUAUUGGUGACAAAGACGUGCAGUACCCAGUGUUGAGCUUAUGGUCUUUUCCUGACCUCUUAAAUAAAGCCGCGGGUGCGACCGCGAGUAAGCGAAACAACGAAUGAACUGCACACAACACUAUUGGACAACAGCGGACCCAGAAAAGGGACUGACCUACGGGAUCAACAGCUAGGUGGAACAAGCACAUAUCGGGAAAAGUGGAAUUGAGAACAUCUAGAACAUGCACGUGACACGGUCUGUGCUGUGUCAGGCAGCAAUUUUUACGGUGGCUGGAGUCUUUGUUCAGGGCCUCGCUGCGUCAAGGGCGUUCAGCUCUACAGUGAGAGUUUUCAGACACGCUGACCUUACAGUCUGACGGACCGCAACAUGCGCACACGCGCAAACUCAGACAGUCACGAUCGUCCCCCCACACUUGAACACGCCACCCAUCGGCUAAGGCACGACAGUUCGACCGUCGCAACCGACGAUGUCCACCGUGCACUCCACAGCAAGGUGAGAAUAUGCACGGUGACUUGCGCGCAAAUUAGUCUACAGUGAGUGUAGACUUGCGCAGCAUCUACCACACUAUCUCCUCCGCCCUACCUGGGCACGGUGUCGAGACACAGUUAAGAAGACCGGAGGUGAGGGGUGGCUCAGGCGGCUGGCACGACCGGACUCAUACCCAGGCGUACCACCACACUCUCUAUCCCGCAACAAACACUUGACCGGGAUUUUAACCAACAACAACAGCACUUUAACGGGUCAGAAGGAGGAGGAUGACUUGGCAACCAUGCAUAUGAUCUGUAUACCCAGUGGGGGGCGUAAGCGCAUCUACCGGCGUGGAACCAGAUUUCAGAGAACUGCUAGCACUUACCAGGCCGUGAGGGCUAUAGUUUACUGAUCAUGGCAUGGCAGACGCUCACAAACCUUAAAGCCGAGAAGGGUGAUACGCAACCCUGCGCUUAGCCCGGGCCGUCACCCAUCAAGGGCCAGGUAACUAGUCAGUCAUCGACCGAGAGUCUCAACUCAUAAAGCACACACGCGCUCCUCACAUGCGUGAGAGUGCCAGAGGUUACGUUAAGAAGAAGCCGUUACAGCCCGGCUCUCCCCACAACUGCUCACAACUGGGAAGACCGCGUGGACUGAGUUAAGGCGUCAGUCGACAGUCUUCUAGGCCACAAUGCUUGACGCAUCGCUAUAGUCUCAGACUGGGAUCACACGUGCGGCAGAGUAGCCGCAUGGAGAAGGAGCCGAGAGGCAAACUUCCCACGUGCGUGGAAGGUGGCGAUCGAGUGCUUGCGUUAGGUGGUGUUGUGUGACGCAGGUGCUCGUGAGGGGAGGUGUGGUGUGGUGCAGUUGGCGGUUGUUUACCACAGGUUUUCGUGAAUGUGUACGUGACCUAGCAGACCCAUGCGGUGGCUGAACGUGCGGGGGCUGUGAGGGCAGUUGAGUGUGGAUUGGUGCUCCAGGCACUGGUUCACCAGUCCUUGUGCAAUAGAUUUUCAAGUGACCAGCUAGGCCGAUGCGUGAGAUCAGUGCAUGGGGACAAUGUGGGCAGGAUUGGUCGGGAGUGUCAAAGUUGGUUUCAAUGGUGAUGGUGGUGGUGGAGCUGCAGGUGGUCGGUACUCUGGACGAUAGGGUGGGGAUUUGGCCAGGCAUGCUGAGUGUGCAGGGUAUGUUAGAUGUGUCGAGUCUCCAGCGAAUUCCGCUCUCGUGGACACGCAUAUGGCCUGGUAGGCCCAUGGGGUGAGUGGAUGCUCGGAGACAGUGAAGGCAGUGGGGGAGGAUGCAGCAGGACGCACUACUUGGACACAGACAUUUUGAUCUGCUCCGCAAACCCGUAAAAGCAGUCGACAUCACUCUCGGUCACGGCGCAACACCGUCAGCACGCACCCCGUCCGCGCCAGCGAUACUGCCACUCCCGAUAACGAUGCGGGGUGUCGGCGUUGUCCGACUACUCUGGGCUUGGCUGGGUGAUUGUAGCGCACUGAGUACACUCAUUACUUAGACGUUAUAAUACAACUGCCACGACUGUUCUGGGGUCCAAUAACCGACUGCAGUACUGCUGCGACAAGAACAUCGAGGAGAUUCAAGGGUUGCUGCUAGGCAGUAAUCAUUUCUAUGGAUCCUGUGAGCAUUUUCCAGGUGCUCUUUGGGAAUAACCUGACGGCGGCAAAGUAAAAAGCUUCGCAGUUGUUAAGGCAUCCGAUCCGUCAUAAUGUCGCAGUUUUUUUAGCUCAGUUGAAUCGAGUCUGCCAUCGCAGAGUAAAAGAUGUCGUUCUUCUGGACUGACUGUCUUCAUGGUGUCCACUUCAUGUCUGCUCAGAUGAUCAACCGAUAUCCUCGAACAAAACUAACACUGACCUCACCUCCCCUGGCGGAAGACGAGUAUGGUCGUCAGUAACAUAGAUGGGUAGACCCGGCCCAUAACCGAGUUCCCGUCAGUCUACGAAUACGGCGGCUACAAUUUCUGGAGAAAAAAACACCUACUUCAGGAGGUAUGAGAACUUCAAGUGGGUCGGCGUCAUGCGCUUCUAUAGAGUAAAUGAAAUCGAGAAGCCUGUCACAAUUUCCGACUUAUCUCCUUACUUCCACUCUCAGCUAAACCCUUCUCCCGCAUUCUUUCUGAAAAUGGAUGCUGAAAACACCAUGGAUUCGCUGACAGGAUCUUUGUGGGUCCACAUUAUUUAUGGCGAAUUGACCUCGAAUAUACCUGCCGCUACGAAUGGAUUGACGUCAGGUUUCUUACUCGCCGUAUACUCAUAAAAAUGCUAUUGCGACAGAUGAAAUUGAAGCCCUGCCAUUGACAUUAACUACCCGCCUGGCAGCAAGCUCCGCCAUUCCAAGGCUACACGCUCCUGAGCAGCUCUUCUGAGAGCAGAUACUGGACCCUCGGUUCGCUGAGGACUGCGUGCUGAACACGACAAAUAUAUGAGGAUGUCACUGCGGGCGCCAACAGACAAGGUGGACGGAAACAACGUCGCAAGGAUGCACUGAAAAAUUUAUUUGAACAACCGGGUAAUUAACCAGGAGUCCUGGACAACUCACAUACGGCCGACCGGAAUAUUUUGCCGUGAAAACUAGGGCCGCAGUCUUCGAUGUCACCUGAGGGAAAGGGGCUCAGAAACAACGCUGAAAAGCGAAACUGAAAUUCCUGACCGCGACGCUGUUAACUUCGGGUCCCUUCCUAUGUAUCGGUACUGUCAACAUGUGUUCAUGCCUACCGUUGGCGUUGUUUGACGCCUUUAUAUUCAUCGUCGAGGCACCACUAACGGAGUGGACACCGCGCCGGGCAACAUUGUGCACUCAGACCAGCAUCUUCCCGCUUGGUGCAUUAGGGUCAGAAAUCCCGGCUCUUGGUCUUGAGAACGUCCAACAUUUCAAGAACUUGGCAUGGAAGCCCGAUCCCACCCAAGGACACCUUUUCUGGCUAAAAGGGCUCCACAGUUCAAUGAUUCGUGGUAAAUGUACUGCUACUAGCCACGACCGUUAUUUAUGCAAAUACCUGUUGGAAGGGCACCGUCAGUUUGAAUCAUUUCAUUUUAUCGGAUACAGUGGAUGACCGAUCACAUGAAAUGUUAGCCUAGAUUUCGAAAUGUGUCUUCGAUCAGGAAGGAUUGCUUCGAUGGGGUUAUAAUAAUGAUUAUCAUGCGGCAUAAUCUCACGAUACUUCGGACUUGCCAAAAUUUUGGUUUUUAAAUGCACUUUGCGACCUCCUUUGAAAAACGUACUCGGUAAGAAAUGGCUAAUCACUUGGUAAGAAAUGGCUACUUAAGUAAUACGGAUUUUCCACUCUGAUUUUUGAUGGCCUUAUAGAUUGAGAUAUAUUUUGUAAAAAAUACACAAAAUAUGCUUUCUUCUUAUUUGAUAGCAAAUCACAUCAUCUUCAAAUUUUAUACUUGAAGAAGGGGUAUAUUUAGGUUUGGAAGAAGUUCCCAAAUUCCCGAAUUUGAUCAUGCGUUGCACUACCGUUUAACGAUUUCAUUCUGCAAGGUGUAUACUUUCUGCGUAGAGAAAAUUAUAUAUUCCUCCACGCCUUUGGGAAAAUACCGUGUAGAGUUCAUAAAAAUUUGCCAUGGAGGCGGAAUAUUUUGUGCACUUCAUGCCCAGCAUCAAUAAAUGGACAAGUACGAUGUUGUAUGAAGGGACGUUGCGGUCUUAAGAAAUCUCAUAAAUGGAAACUUUUUAGAACCGAUAAGUACUCUUUUUUCGAGUACGAAGUAUGACUUCUUGUAAUCCGCAGACAACAAUCCGACGCCUGAUAAUGAGGCCUAAGUCCCCCCUGCGACGAGGUGAAACGACAAACGCUUUCUGUUGGAUUCAGUGUAUAGCCUCUAUGAAGUUAACCACGUUGCAGACACUUUUUGGUGAAUAAAGAUUUGUCAGAACAUACUCCCGGCCCACUGCCUCUGGUGGCGGAACACUUCUCAGUUUCAAGUCGCGCUCGCUUUCCGGGACGCUGAAAUUCUAGCCAUAAAGAAUGGCCAUGUGGCGAGAAAAACAUUUGGCGAGCUCUCGUCGACAGUUACGUGACUAUUCCUGUCGCCUACAAAGCCGUCUGUAUACAGCUAAGCCCACGGACUCGCUGACGGGAAUCGAAGAGGACUCAAAUCGGACACGAAUGUGGCCGGACAUUGUUCCGUAUAGAAUGGAAGUGCAGCAGUCAACGUUGUCGUGGAACUUGCUGCCUGUCCGAAUGACAACGAGAGCAAUUCAUGGAUGGAAAGGAAAUUGACAACCGUGAGAUGACAACCACAGUAGAUGCAAGCCACAUGGAUUCUUUAUUUUUUGUUGCCUGAAGCGUGCCAAGAGAAGGGUUCUUUCAGGGAAAACCUAGUACCCCUGAAGUUCUGAUGCCGUCGUUAAAGAAUGUGCAAGAAUUAGUUGUUUGGAGAGAAAUUGUGCACGUCAGCAUUUGCAGCAAACUUGUGAGACACAUAAUUGCACCACAUAACGUAGCACAUUUCCCCCAACAGUGUUAAGACGGACUGGGCGACCAAAGAGAUGUGUCAAAGUUUUUAUAUUUUUGCAUUUGUCUUAAGCAGGCUCCAAGAGCGUCUAUAAUCCACGAAUCACUUUAAAAUGCGCUUUUGGAUCAGACAUAGUGGUUUUCUUGCAAUUCCUCGCGGAAUAAACAGUCUCGGUUUCGUUCAAAAGUUCUGAAAAUCGUUUUUUUAAUACAAAACAGUCGUCUGCAAAAUAAAAGUCUGUAAUUCUGCCUGCGCACGUUUGUGAUGCUAUUGAGAAAGAAUAAGGAUUUCGAGCGCGACUACUUCACACAAGACAGACUUUGUAAAACUUACGUCUUUGCGAUGUACGGAAAUUUCAGGGUGAUUCAUUAACCGGCCCACUCUGGCGGAGGAUGUUGGUAGAAGUUGAGGAACGCCUUUCACCAACACCAUGAAUUAUAGCAUCUUACGCUCAUUCCGAUAGAUCGCUAGUUCUCCAGUUCUCUUCUGGCGAUCUUCUGCAUGAUCUAUUGCACCUCAUGCUCACUCUCUUGUUUCUGUGUUUACAGUCACGUCUGCGGAAUGAGCAUCCGGAACAGCAACGCCUGCGAGAUAUUGCUCGGCAGUUGGCCAAUGAAAACUAUGAACGUGAGCAACGGCGUCAGGCGAAUUUAACCGCACUCAGCGCCAUCGGGGAUCCGCGCAAGUCGAAACCUAGCUUGUCCAACCCUGAUCGGAGCCUGGUUACCUCGCGACUCUCGACGUUAGGUGCUGGCGGUGACCUGACUGGCUCACAAAUAUCAGGCAUGCCGCAAGGGAGUCGUCUUUCCCUCGUAAAUGCUUCUCAACUUCGCCUUCUCCAAACUAACGUCGCCGCCUCCACGUCAUGUCUCGGUCUGGCCAGCAAGCCGGGUGCUCUCAGCCGGGUGGGCUCUAGCGGCUCCGGUCUGGCCAGCCGGCCCCUCUCGGCCUCCACCGGGUUUGCUCCAUCCUCCAGUUUCAAUCUGGCCGCGAGCCUUCGUGCCCGAAAGGCAGGUCUGCGAGACUUGCAGCUGGUCCUCUCUAAGGAUGGCAAACUCUGUCGGUCAAAGACUUACUUCAAGUCCUUUUGGAGAUGA